AUGUUGGAUUUUCUGUGUACCUUCAUGAUUAUUGAGAAAUACGUUGGUGCAGAAAAAGAAAGUCUUGACGGUGCGCCGAACACGAUGAUUACAGUUGAACGAACGCGUCUGGUCGAGGAUGGCUAUCGGCAGUUAUCAAUGCUAUCGUCAAACGCACUCAAAGCAACCAUUCGUGUCAAAUUCAUCAAUCAACAGGGUUUGGAUGAAGCGGGUAUUGAUCAGGAUGGUGUCUUUAAAGAGUUUCUUGAGCUGACACUGAAACGAGUAUUUCAUCCGGAUCUUAAUCUGUUCAAGGUUGGUAGUUUUGCUUGUUUAUUGAAAGCAUCUUAUGCAUAG